AUGGCAUCUGCUGACAAGAAUAGUGAAGCAUUCCCACUAUCUCAUCGAGAAUUGGGCGCAGCUGUCACAAUUUGUGUCAAUAACGCGGUCGGGAGCGCUCUUACCCUAAGUUUCCCAUCGCUGCUAGCCAAGACCACUCCUAGUGGAGCCUUUGGUUUCUAUGCCGGAUUGAAUGUUAUCGCCUUCGUAACUAUAUUUUUUGUGGUGCCAGAAACGAUGUUAGUGACCUCGGGAGGGACCAAACUUAUUUUCACACUUGAUCGGUCAUUAUCUGACGAGGCAUAG